AUGUUGCUCAAAAGCCUCCAGGCGGCCGAACACGUGAGCCACAUUGACCAAACCUUUCAGAUACUCAGAAGGUAUAACAUGAAGCUGAACCCCCUCAAGUGCACUUUCGGAGUGGCAUCAGGUCAGUUCUUGGGAUACAUUGUAAAUCAGAGAGGAAUUGAGGCAAAUCCGGCAAAGUGCCAAGAAGCCUUCGAGUCUCUAAAGAAACACCUCGGUGAAUCACCCCUCCUGUCGAAACCCCAUCCGGAUGAAUCUCUGUUGCUGUAUCUAGCAGUUUCAGAUGUGGCAGUCAGCGCGGUCCUAACCAGGGAAGAAAAUGAACGUCAAUUGCCGGUAUAUUACAUCAGCAAAGCACUUCUCCCAACUGAAACACGCUACUCCGACAUGAAAAAACUGGCACUCGCACUCAUCACAGCCUCGAGAAAGCUGAGGCCAUAUUUCCAAGCCCACUCAAUACAAGUCCUCACCAAUUUUCCUUUGAGGCAAGUGAUGCAGAAAACGGACGUGUCGGGACGCCUGCUGAAAUGGGCUAUCGAGCUCAGCGAGUUCGAUCUCACAUUUCGACCUAGACACGAUAUCAAGGGCCAGGCCCUUGCCGAUUUUAUGGUCGAAUUUACCAAAGCCCCAGAAAUGGAGGCCCUAAUGGAACCAACCGAGCCCCCCACAUGGAAAUUGUUUGUAGAUGGGUCUUCAGGAGAGGCUGGCGCGGGGGCGGGAAUCGUGCUAGAGAGCCCGGAAGGCCCUUUGCUAAAUUGUGCGGUAAGAUUCGGCUUCAGAGCCUCGAACAACGCGGCCGAAUAUGAGGCCCUUCUGGCAGGACUAAGGCUCGCCAAGGAAAUACAGGUCAGGAAGCUCCUAGCAAGCAGUGAUUCUCAGCUCGUAGUAAAUCAGGUAAAUGGGGAUUUCACAGCCAAAGAUGGUAACAUGCUUGCGUACUUGAAGCUGGUUCUGGACAUAAUUCCCCAUUUCAAAAGGUUCGAACCGACUCAAGUCCCCCGUCUAGAAAAUGCCCAUGCAGAUGCCCUCUCAAAGUUAGCCAGCAGCAUGAACUCAGAGCUUCUAAACAUCGUCCCCAUUGAGCACUUAUCGAAGCCCUCCACCUUCGAAGGCGAAGAGUUACUAUGGAUAGAAGGCACCCCAUUGUGGAUGCAGCCCAUAAUCGCGUACCUAAAGGAACAAACACUGCCUGCUUCCAGAGGCGAGGCAAGAAAAUUAAGAAGAAGGGCUGCACACUUCGUCCUUCUAGAAGGAACCCUUUACAAGAGAGGCUUCGCUUCGCCCCUUCUUCGAUGUGUGGGCGGCGAAGAGGCCACCUACAUACUCAGAGAGAUACAUGAAGGGAUCUACAGAAAUCACUCCGGAGGAACAUGCUUCUCGAACGUGCAAAGACAGCCUGCUCAGAGCCUCUCUAUAGUGACCAGCCCUUGGCCAUUCGCCAAGCAUGAGAUCAGCAAUGAUGAGGCGCGCAUAAGUGAACUACACCUCCUUGAAGAAAAGAGAGACGCUUCCCAGAUGACCUUAGCGAAAUAUCAUCGUAAGAUGACCCGCUUUUACAACUCCAAGGUCAGAAAUAGAACUCUCCGCUUGGGCGACCUCGUCCUCAAAAGAGUUUUUCAAUCUUCAAAACCAACCGGGUCAGGAGUUUUUGGCCCGAACUGGGAAGGCCCUUACCGCAUUCGGGGGGAAUCCCGACCUGGUACCUUCGAGGUCGAAGAUAUGUCAGGAAGGAUGCUACCUCACAAGUGGAACAUCGAGCACUUGAGAAAAUACUACCAGUGA